AUGUCUGAAUCAGUUCAGUCACAAUUGAUUGCUUUCAAUGAUGAUCAUAUUAGCAUUUAUCCAUGGCAAGAUUGUACAAUUGAAAAUUUAAGUUUGACAACAGAGCCGGCUUUUAUUACGAUUAGUCCAUCACAAUUUCGACUGAUCUUCUCGUCACAUUCUACUGCUGUCAAAUUUGCUUAUUCAAUUCUCCAAUUUGUUCUUAAAAAGAUUCCUUCGAGACGAUUAAUAGUUUUGAUUGCUGAUCAAAUUCAAAAAUAUAGUAUUGCUGUAUUCGAACAUAAAAAUGAUAAACGUGCACAUGAAACAGCCAUUGCACAAGGGAGAAAAAUACGUCAAAUAUUUGAUGAUGCUUGUCAACAACUUUCUUCAACAGAAUCUCAAAUGAUUGAAAUUAUUCAAUGGAAUGAUAUUCUCAGGUCUAGUAAUUAUGAUUCCCGUGUCGAACUUUAUCGACAUUUUAUCAACAAUGUUGAUUCUCAAUCUAGUCAACUCAUUGACAAGGUUAGAUAA